AGAGACGGAGCAAACUUUGCGCGGUUGGGACCAAGCCCAGCAUGUCAGCCACGGGAACCAGCGCGCCGAGCACCGCGUGAACGGACUUGGAGUGGUGUUUAAAAAAAAGACAAAAAAGGGACGAGAGGCGCAAGCUGUUGAUGCCGGAUAAAGUUUGCGCGCGGCGUGGCAGAGCAGAGGAGCGAGGACACCCACGCGAGUGGAAACUUGACGCAGACAUGGGCACGCUGCGCGAUCUGCAGUACGCGCUCCAGGAGAAGAUCGAGGAGCUGCGCCAGCGCGACGCACUCAUCGACGAGCUGGAGCUGGAGCUCGACCAGAAGGACGAGCUGAUCCAAAGGCUGCAGAACGAACUGGAUAAGUACCGCUCCGUCAUUAAACCUGCCACGCAGCAGGUCCACAAGCAAAGCGAGCUGCACUCGGAGCAACAGCGCACCAAGAGGCAGGCCAUCUCGGCCGAGCCCACCGCCUUCGACAUCCACGAUCUCAGCCACGUCACGCUGCCUUUCUACCCCAAAAGCCCACAGUCUAAGGAUCUGAUCAAAGAGGCCAUCCUGGACAACGACUUCAUGAAGAACCUGGAGCUGUCGCAGAUCCAAGAGAUUGUAGACUGCAUGUACCCAGUGGAGUAUGGAAAGGACAGUUGCAUCAUCAAGGAGGGCGACGUGGGCUCGCUGGUGUACGUCAUGGAAGACGGGAAAGUGGAGGUGACAAAGGAGAGCCUAAAGCUGUGCACGAUGGGCCCCGGGAAGGUGUUUGGGGAGCUGGCCAUUCUCUACAACUGCACCAGGACCGCCACUGUCAAAACGCUGACAAACGUGAAGCUGUGGGCGAUCGAUCGACAAUGUUUCCAGACCAUCAUGAUGCGGACGGGUCUCAUCAAGCAUACGGAGUAUAUGGAGUUUUUGAAAAGCGUGCCCACCUUCCACAGCUUGCAGGAGGACAUUCUGAGCAAGCUCGCCGACGUCCUUGAGGAGACCCAUUACGAAGACGGCGAGUACAUCAUCAGACAGGGGGCCAGAGGAGACACCUUCUUCAUCAUCAGUAAAGGAAAGGUUAAUGUGACCAGGGAGGACUCACCCAACGGAGAGCCUGUGUACCUGCGCAGCCUGGGCAAGGGCGACUGGUUCGGUGAAAAGGCGCUGCAAGGGGAGGACAUCAGGACCGCAAAUGUUAUUGCAGCAGAAGCGGUCACCUGUCUCGUCAUUGAUCGAGAUUCAUUUAAGCACCUGAUUGGAGGCUUGGAGGACGUAUCCAGCAAAGGCCAUGAGGAUGUUGAUGCCAAAGCCAAGUAUGAAGCCGAGAAUGCUUUUUUCUUCAAUCUCAAUCUGGCCGAUUUCAACAUCAUCGACACUCUUGGGGUUGGCGGCUUUGGUCGUGUGGAGCUGGUUCAGCUCAAGAGCGACGAGAACAAAACUUUUGCUAUGAAGAUCCUCAAGAAGCGGCACAUCGUCGACACCAGACAGCAAGAGCACAUUCGCUCCGAGAAACUCAUCAUGCAGGAGGCCCACUCGGAUUUUAUUGUUCGGUAUAAUGCGAUUUGCCUUUCAAGGCAAUUAGUAUUUGAAUGUCACUCUUGUAACCGACAGCCAUUUUUUCUUUACUGUUGUGUUUUCAGACUCUACAGAACGUUCAAGGACAGCAAGUACCUCUACAUGCUGAUGGAAGCCUGCUUAGGAGGAGAAUUGUGGACCAUUCUUCGAGACCGAGGUUCUUUUGAAGACUCGACCACCAGGUUUUACACAGGCUGCGUGGUGGAGGCCUUCGCCUACCUACAUUCCAAAGGCAUCAUCUACAGAGACCUCAAACCUGAGAACCUUAUAUUGGAUCACAGGGGUUACGCCAAACUGGUGGACUUUGGUUUUGCCAAGAAAAUUGGCUUCGGGAAGAAAACGUGGACUUUCUGCGGGACGCCUGAAUACGUAGCGCCGGAGAUCAUCCUAAACAAAGGCCACGACAUCUCCGCCGAUUACUGGUCACUGGGAAUCCUCAUGUUCGAGCUCCUGACCGGCAGCCCGCCGUUCUCCGGCCCCGAUCCGAUGAAGACCUACAACAUCAUCCUGAGAGGCAUCGACAUGAUCGAAUUCCCAAAGAAAAUCACCAAAAAUGCUGCCAACUUAAUCAAAAAGCUAUGCAGGGAUAAUCCUUCUGAACGACUGGGAAACUUGAAAAAUGGUGUCAAAGACAUCCAAAAGCACAAGUGGUUUGAGGGCUUUAACUGGGAGGGCUUGAAGAAGGGGACUCUGAUACCACCCAUCAUCCCCAACGUCACAUCAGCGGUUGACACGAGUAAUUUCGACAGCUUCCCGGAAGACAACGAGGACCCGCCGCCUGACGACAAUUCGGGUUGGGAUGUUGAUUUCUGAAGUUCUCCUUCAAGCAGCCCCCCCUAGUGGAACCAAAAGAAACUCUUCUUUUGUUGGUGUGGAGGCCAUGCAGUGGUCGUGGCUAACUGGUAUAAAGAUCACACAAAUCAGAUAUGGAGAAGAAGUAGAUUUAACGGAUGGCAAGCGGUCACCGAUAUGCCUUUAUUUCACUGUGGCCCCGGAUCAAGCAUUUAUAGUGGGACAGCUGUAGCACACGUUCGGUGUUGUCUUACACUCGGCUCGAAGGCGGAGAAAGUGCAGGGAUACACACGUGCGCGAGCGCACAAAAAACAUAGCCGCUGACCGAGCCCACGUCCCCCCAUGUGAUGGGCCGGUGUACGUUUUUGUUUAUUUUUUAGGAUAAAUAAGCGCGUGGAAAUGUGAAAUGCUGUGUUCCGAUCAUCGCUUUUCCCGUCGUACAACAAGUGCUCUCGACUAAGCUGAAUGUCACCGAUUGCCGCAUUACAUAGCAUUGAACAUUUUCAAGGAGACGUAUUAUGCAAGUUUUUUUUUUCUGCCUCGAUUCUAAAGAGUUCUGAGGUGUCUUAAAAAGGACACAGCACACUUGAUUGACAAUUGCUCUGUUUUGGGUUAAAGGUGAAUGGAUUUCGAUAGCAGGGUUAAGGCAUUUCGACAAAGCUAAGGCUACUCAGUGUUGCCGCCUGAACGCCACCCACAACAAAUCCAGCGACUAUUUGUCGCGUUAUUGGAGAUUUAUGGGGACUCUGAGACUCCAGAGCUUAAGUCCACCCCUUCAUGUCCAGACUGAAUAAAUAGUGCUUGCACAAAAUCAUGUCUGGCUAAUUCAACUAAAUUUCAUUUUCUAUUUUGAAAAGGGACAGUGUGCAUUAAUUAACAUUUUUGAGUUAGCUUAAGUUAUCUUAAGACCAUUUCAUUUGUGGGAGCAGCACUUCAUCUCCAAGGCACCAAAUUAGACUUUGUCAAUUAGCAUAGUAGAUCCUAUAUACCUUAACCCCGCCCCCUUUUCCAUGUCAACAACUUUGCGAUAAGUGUACUCUGGUUUUCAAGCAAACUCAGCUAGCAUUUUUAGCUAAUGCUACUCUCUUCUGUGCUAACACCAACUUCCAUAAUAUGUCCCUUUUAAGAUACAUUGUGAACACAAAAAAGUACAAAGAAAUGUGUGCAGUCUAAGAAAGGAGACUCUCCAAGUGCCCUGUUUCAGAUGUCAACCAACACGCAGCUGUAUAGUUUUAUUUCCAUGUGUCAUCAAUUAUGCACUCUUAACGCUUUUAUUUUCCGGCUCCCCCGUUUGACAAAUCCUGAGCUAUUGUUUGGACCUCCAUUGCGCCUGUACAGCUCUAACUGUGAACACGCUGUCAAUGUCUUUGGUGCUGUACUUGAUUCAUGGCCACAAAAAAGAGACGGUGACAUGACAGUACUGUUUGGUUCGAUUGUUUUGUUUUUCGGAUUGUUGGGGUUUUUUUUUGUACAGUAAUUCCUCUCCUUUCCUGUGCUUGGUUUUCGUUCCUAUUUGAUAUUUUGUAUUUUCUCCCAUGGCAUCUGCACAAUGUUCAAAUGGUUUUGAAGGCAUCACCUUGUCACCUCUCACGCACCGACAGUCAAGAGCAUUAAGUGUAAGUGCCUUAAAUCAACGGCAUACAAAUCAUCGUCACAAGGCCUUUUUGAUGCUGCAUGAACACAACUGAAAAGCGCACCCGAUCGUAAAGAUCAUUUCUUGACGUACAGGAAUUUAAAAAAAAUAUCCAUCACAUACGACUUGCAAUGACAUGCUUUUCACGUCACUAUGAAAUCUCACGUAUCCUGAAAGCAGGAAUGACUUGCAGUUGUAAACUUUUGUUUUCAUAUGUCAUACAGUUCAUAACAACCAUGUUGAAGGAAGAAGACUGAAAAAGGCAAGUAGUUAAGAUGAAUGUGAAGGUAGGGUUUUGUUUUUCAGCCCUCGUGCUCACUUGUCAAUGCUUUUGCAGAUCCCGCAUUAAAAUGAUAAAGAGGAAUAAAAAAGCUGUGCCAUUUGAUACUAAAAUAAAUGAUAGGCGUGUUUAUUUAUUAGUAGUCAUUUUAAAAUAUAUAUAUACACCGAAUUCAAUGUUUUUUAAUGCAGGUUUAUCAGAAACAUUGAAAAGUGAGUGGAUUCAUAUUUGGACCAUCAUCAUUAUUGCCAGAUAUUUGCCUUGUGUUGUUUUUGUUUUGUUUCGUUGUUGUAAACUAAUUUUGCAAAGUGCCACGUGUAUGAUUAUUUUAAAUUAUAGACUUAAAAAAAAUUA